AGAAAAAAAAACAUAGUUCCCAGCAACUGUGUUUCUGAAAUGUUUUAUUCUGAUAACACGCACACGCUGAACGGAUGAGGUGUGAUGAGUGAAUGAUGUUGAGGGUGGCCGUGCGAUGGAAUUGGAAGCCAAUGGCUUCUCUGCCACUAACUACCUUUGCAUACAAACAGCAACAGUUCCACACUCUGAACCCUAGGCCUCCAUGUCGCACCUUCAGGCUUUUAUGUCGAACUUCUUCUUCCGCCGUUGCACACACCUCGCUUCCUCUCUCCGCCGACUUGAACCGCUACCUUCGCUGCUCCAUGCCGCAGAGUUCGCCGCUCCGAGUCGCGGUUCUCGUUAGCGGAGGCGUCGAUAGCAGCGUCGCUCUCCGGCUGCUCCACGCCGCCGGCCAUUCCUGCACCGCUUUCUACCUCAAGAUAUGGUUCCAAGAAGAUUUCGAGAACUUUUGGUCUGAGUGCCCCUGGGAAGAGGAUUUGAAGUAUGCCAAAGCUGUUUGUAGUCAGGUUGAUGUACCGUUAGAAGUGGUUCAUUUAACUGAUGAAUACUGGAACAAUGUGGUUUCUUACCUCAUUGAAGAGUAUAGUAGUGGCCGAACUCCGAACCCCGAUGUUCUUUGCAAUACAAGAAUAAAGUUUGGUGCAUUCUUGGACGCUAUUGGUGGCAUGGGCUUUGACUAUGUUGCCUCUGGGCAUUAUGCAAAUGUUAUCCACCCAUGUGCUGAUGGCAUGAAUGAGCCUUCUGUUCUUGAACUAUCACAAGACACGGUAAAGGAUCAAACAUACUUCCUUUCACACCUUUCACAAUCCCAGCUGAAGCAACUUCUCUUUCCACUUGGUUGUAUUCCCAAGGAUGAAGUUCGCAGGCUUGCGACAAAAUUUGAUUUACCAAAUAAGGAUAGAAAGGAUUCCCAAGGAAUAUGCUUUUUGGGCAAGAUAAGAUUCAGUGAAUUUGUUGCAAGACAUAUUGGGGAAAGAGAAGGUAUCAUACUGGAGGCUGAGACAGGAGAUUUCCUUGGCAAACAUCGAGGAUUCUGGUUUUAUACUAUUGGUCAGCGUCAGGGUCUACGACUACCUGGAGGUCCAUGGUAUGUUGUCGAGAAGGAUGUUAAAAACAAUGUAGUUUUUGUCUCAAGAAAUUACUUUUCCUUUGACAAAAGGAGGCGUGUAUUCCGUGUUGGCUCUUUUAAAUGGCUUAGUGAGGUGCCCCCAGGCCAGACAAGUCAGCUACAGUGCAAGGUGAGACAUGGUCCUGGAUUCUACGAUUGUAACUUACAAAUGGAAGUGGAAGGAGAUGGCCAAGGUCACUCUGCAGUUGUCCGCAUAUUUGAAGAUGAUCAAGGCCUGGCAGCUGGGCAGUUUGCGGCCUUUUAUGAGGGAAGAAGAUGCUUAGGUUCUGGUGUGAUUUUGGAGUUCUGGGAUGAUCAUAGUUUUCCAGUUUGUACAAAAGCUUUAGAAAUUGCUAGAAUGGAAGAUAAAUCGAUGCUUGGAAAUCCAGUAAAAAUAAAAGUUAAACCAGAUAGCCCCCAAGAAGUAUGUGAUUCUGCCGAGUUAGCAAGUAAAACAUCAUAAGGUAAUAAGAAAUUCUUGAGUUGUUGACGCUGAACAAAACAGGCAGACAUGUCAGGAAAAUGCAGCUUCCAUAUUCCCUUUUCAAUUGGCUACAAAAUAUUACUGCUAAACGUGACGUGUAUAUUUUUCCGAGCUUUGGUUCUGUAACUUUUUAUACACAUGUUCAGGAAGUAUUUUUUGUUGGGAAUGAUGGGCAUUUAAGUUGCAAUACGAAUGUAAGAUAGGUGACAAAAUAGUAGCUUCCACACUAUUUUGGAUUGGAUUGCGGAUAAAGUUGAAAAGGAAAAGGAAAGAGUGAGAGAAGUAUGACUCUCAAUAUUAAGAGAAAAAAUAUAGAAUAAA